AUGGAAAACGUUAAGAUAACAAAAGUAAAACGAAUAUCACCUGCUUGUACUACAUCACUUUCAAUUAAAUCGGCUAAUCAUGGUGAUGAGCCGAGUGUGAUAUUUGAUACAUGUUCACAAAAGAACUUCGAACGAUCACUGACGCCUAAGACACCAGAACAACGAUCAGCACCAUUUACACGAGAUUUUAGUGCAGUUCACGUAAAACGGAUUGCCAGUGCACCUAAUACUCCUAAUUGUUAUGCCAAAUCAUCAAAGACAGAUAAUGAAUCAAAUAAAUAUCGAUUUAAUGAUAUAAAUGUUCAACGUGUAUCUACUGCAAUGUUGAAUAACACUGAAUUUAAUGGCGGUACAAAAUCUUGUGAUAGUGAAUCGAGUAAAUCGGAUCUAUUCAGUCGAUCAUUAUCUCCUACAAGCAUUUCGGAUACGAUCUCUAUAUCCACGCCUCCGCUAACAAAUAAUCUCUCAAAAGCUGACUUAUUACGCAAAAAUGAUAAACCAGCGAAGAAACAGAGUAAAAGUUCUGCUGAUGAUAAUUGUUCAUUGCCUAGUGAAUCUGAACAUGGAACAGUUGAAAGAUUUCAUCGAGAAAAACGUCGAAAAAAAAGAAAUAUUUCACGAUCAAUUUGCCGAUUGCUCAUGUGUUUACUUUGUCUUGCUCUGUUAGCUGGUGCGAUCGCUACAGCUCUUGUUUUAACUUUAUUUCACAAACCGACAACGCUUACAAGUUCAACAACAACAGCAACGACAGCAACAACAGCAACAACAACAACAACAGUAACAUCUACAAGUUCAACUUCUGCAACAACAACAACUACUUCUGAUACAACGACUACUACUACAAUUGCUUGUAACUUUACUAAUGUCGGACCAUUACAAGCUUUUGAUACUUCAGCACCAACAACAUGGACAUCAUAUUCCGCUACAUUUGUAGCAACAUCAAAUUUCACAAGUAUUCGAUUUAGUUCAGCAACAGCUCAAGCUAAUAAAGACUGGUACGUUGAUAAUGUUUCUGUUAUUGAAAAUGGUGGUGCAGGUACCAAUCUAUUACUUAAUGGAGAUUUUGAGAGUGGUCCGUCGGUCGGAUGGGUGAUAUAUUCAUGUUCUAGUACAUGUUCUGCUUCAAUAAUAUCGUCAACAAACUGUGAGGGUGGUUAUGGCUCUUGUUAUCAUAAUUUAUGUACACCAUCCACUAAUAUACAGUUUCUCGAACAAUAUUUUACUACAACAAUUGGUGCAACAUAUAAUGUUACCUUUUCAGUACUCAAAGGUGGAUCAGGAUUAGGUUCAGGCACUGCGAUGUAUGUGAACGUUAUUUCAUAG